GUGUGACGGGAGAUCUCUUCGGCUCCGCCGAGGGCCGCGCCGCGUCGAACGUCACGCCUUCGCGCCGAGGCCCCGCCCCGGGUGAGGUAAAAUGGCCGCAGCCUUGGCGGCGAGUGGAAUGCUUCCCACAGCGGGCAUUCUAAUUGAUUAGGUUUCUGAUAUCCAGAUCUGUUCCUAAGACGUAAAUUGACAAGACCACAUUUCUGUGCAAACAUUGAGGAGCUAGUUGGCAACAUGAAGGUCUUCUGCGGUCGUGCCAAUCCAACCACAGGAUCCCUGGAAUGGCUGGAGGAGGAUGAACACUAUGAUUACCAUCAGGAAAUUGCCAGGUCAUCCUAUGCGGAUAUGCUACAUGACAAAGACAGAAAUAUAAAAUAUUACCAGGGUAUCCGGGCAGCUGUGAGUAGGGUGAAAGACAGAGGACAGAAGGCCUUGGUUCUUGACAUCGGCACGGGCACAGGUCUCUUGUCGAUGAUGGCAGUUACUGCAGGUGCUGACUUCUGCUAUGCUAUUGAGGUUUUUAAGCCAAUGGCUGAUGCUGCUGUGAAGAUUGUGGAGAAAAAUGGCUUCAGUGAUAAGAUUAAAGUUAUUAACAAACAUUCCACUGAGGUGACGGUUGGACCAGAUGGUGACUUGCCAUGUCGUGCUAACAUCCUGGUCACAGAGCUGUUUGACACGGAACUGAUUGGGGAGGGGGCACUGCCCUCUUAUGAGCAUGCGCAUAGACAUCUUGUGCAGGAAAAUUGUGAAGCAGUGCCUCACAAAGCAACUGUCUAUGCCCAGCUGGUGGAGUCCAGAAGGAUGUGGUCAUGGAACAAGCUGUUUCCUGUCCAUGUUCAGACCAGUCUUGGAGAGCAGGUUAUCGUCCCUCCCUCAGAACUGGAGAGGUGUCCUGGUGCACCUUCAGUCUAUGACAUUCAGCUGAAUCAGGUGCCAUCUACUGACUUCACUGCCCUCAGUGAUGUACUACCAAUGUUCAGUGUGGACUUCAGCAAGCAAGUCAGUAGCUCAGCAGCCUGCCAUAGCAAGCAGUUUGUACCUCUGGCAUCUGGCCAAGCACAGGUGGUUCUGUCCUGGUGGGACAUUGAAAUGGACCCUGAGGGGAAGAUCACAUGUACCAUGGCACCCUUUUGGGCACAGACAAACCCACAGGAGCUUCAGUGGCGGGACCACUGGAUGCAGUGUGUAUACUUCUUGCCACAGGAGGAGCCCGUUGUUCAGGGCUCACCCCGAUGCCUGGUAGCCCACCAUGACGACUACUGUGUGUGGUACAGCCUUCAGAGGACCAGCGCUGAUGAGAAUGAGGAAGUUUACCAAGUGCGCCCUGUGUGUGAUUGUCAGGCUCACUUGCUCUGGAAUCGGCCUCGGUUUGGAGAGAUUAAUGAUCAGGACAGAACUGAUCAGUAUGCCCAAGCCCUGAGGACUGUGCUGAUGCCAGGCACCAUCUGUCUUUGUGUCAGUGAUGGCAGUCUGCUCUCUCUGCUGGCCCAUCACCUUGGGGCGGAGCAGGUGUUUACAGUUGAGAGUUCGGCAGCUUCCUAUAGACUGAUGAAAAGGAUCUUCAAGGCUAACCACUUGGAAGAUAAAGUUAGUAUCAUCAAGAAACGGCCUGAGUUGUUAACAUCUGCAGACCUGGAGGGUAAGAAGGUCUCCCUCCUCCUGGGUGAACCCUUCUUCGCCACCAGCCUGCUGCCAUGGCACAACCUAUACUUCUGGUAUGUCCGUACUUCUGUGGACCAGCACCUGGAACCUGGAGCUGUGGUGAUGCCCCAGGCUGCUUCACUGUAUGCUAUGAUCGUGGAGUUCAGGGAUUUGUGGCGGAUCCGGAGCCCUUGUGGUGACUGCGAAGGUUUUGACGUGCACAUCAUGGAUGAUAUGAUUAAGCACUCCCUGGAUUUUCGAGAGAGCAGAGAGGCAGAACCCCACCCAUUGUGGGAGUACCCCUGCCGCAGCCUUUCUGAGCCUCAGCAGAUUCUGACCUUUGAUUUCCAGCAGCCUGUGCCCCAGAAGCCUGUGCGUGCUGAGGGCUCCAUGGAACUGAGAAGACCUGGGAAGAGCCAUGGUGCUGUCCUGUGGAUGGAAUAUCAUCUGACUCCAGACAGCACAGUCAGCACCGGCCUCAUGAACCCUUUGGAAGACAAGGGGGACUGCUGCUGGAACCCCCACUGCAAGCAAGCUGUGUACUUCCUCAGCACCACAGUGGAUCCCAGAGUGCCUCUGGAUGGCCCUCAGUCUGUCAGCUAUGCUGUGGAGUUUCAUCCCCUCACUGGAGACAUCACCAUGGAGUUUAGGCUUGCAGACACCUUGAACUAAUUCCCUCAUUGAGAAAUUAAAUGGCCAAUAGGCUGCAGACUCUGAAUGGCUUGGGGCUCAAUGGGGAAAGAAGGCCAAGAACUUCUUUUCAUGCACCUACUUGGCAUCUGCACAGAGGAGACCUCUUAUUUUUGUGUCUUAGUGCUGCUGGCUUGCAGCAUCAGGUGUGGCAGGCAGCAUGGGCUGGUGACUGAUUCAAGAGUUCUGAAGCAACCAGGGAGAAUGGUUUGUGGUUCUGAGAGUUCAGAAAGCUCUGGUAUAGUGAUGCUUCCUGUCCUAUCUGGAGGACAACUGAGGAAGAACCUUCACUGGGACUAAGCCCUCUUAGCUGGAACCUACCCAGCCUGUCUGCUUUCUAGGAAUCUCUAGGUCUCUGCUUAGAGAAUGGCCUUCUAGGAACUUCCUUGGGCCUUCGUGAUCCUGGUAAGACCUGGGUUAGAGGACUAGGCCACAUCCAUAAACAUUUGGGUAUCUUGCCUCAGUGCAUACCAGCAGGUGGCCUCAUAAGCCAUGAGACUUGGACACCAGGGUGCUGCUCACAGAUUAGGGAAGAGGCCAUCCUCAAGCAGUUCCCUGUGCCACUGGAAAGAAAACUAGGAAAGUGGCCUUUUCCUGUAUUUAUCGGAUGGCCCUUGCUCUGAUGGCCUAUCCUUGCUGAAGCAGAAAGUGCAGAGAUUCCCCAGUUGGCUACAGCCUUGUCCCACCUCUGCCACUUCUCUCCCAUACUCUUUCUAAUGACCUCUCAGUUCUGAAAGGAUUUGGGAGGGAUCCAGUAGUAAAACCUAGGUGGCUAAAUCCCUUGCAUUUCAGGGCAGACAUGGACUAUGUCCCCAUAGUCAUUCCCCAAAUCCCAUAGGCUGGUAUCAACUCUGGAAAUCCAUAGGUCCUUUCCCAGUUUGUUGAGCAAAUAAGUACAGAACCAGAAUGCCAGCCUUGAGCCUCACAGUUUUAUUUUCUCGUCAUUCUUCAUCCUUCCUUUCAGCACCAUAAAGGAAAAAUCCACCUCUUUUCAACAUUUUCAUUUUAAUCAGGCAUAAAGAUUUGUUUUUCUUCUUGGGAAGAAUCGUCUGGAUAUAUAUUUGAUAAUGUUUUACCAAAACCUUAGGUAUCUUACCAUAUAAAACCCCUAAUGUCCCAUGAGGAUACAAUACAGAAAUUAAAAAAGUUUCUUCUUUUUUUUUUUAAAACAGUAUUUCUAAAUCUGAGCAAGUUAAUACAAUAGUUAAAAAGCAUCAAGGUUAAUAUUCAUACUUAAAACUCCAGGUGGUUUUGGACAAAUAAAGAUGAACGAAUGGUCCUUCCUAA